AUGGGGAAGCUGCUAUCGAAAAUCUUCGGUAACAAGGAGAUGAGGAUAUUGAUGCUGGGGCUCGACGCUGCUGGAAAGACUACUAUUUUAUAUAAGUUAAAAUUAGGUCAGUCAGUCACAACGAUACCAACCGUCGGUUUCAACGUCGAGACCGUCACGUACAAGAACGUCAAAUUCAACGUUUGGGACGUUGGGGGUCAGGACAAGAUAAGGCCGCUAUGGAGGCAUUACUACACAGGCACCCAGGGCCUGAUAUUCGUCGUGGAUUGCGCGGACCGCGACCGCAUCGACGAGGCGCGGCAGGAGUUGCACCGGAUCAUCAACGACCGAGAGAUGCGCGACGCCAUCAUACUCAUCUUCGCGAACAAGCAGGACUUGCCCGACGCGAUGAAGCCGCACGAGAUCCAAGAGAAGCUCGGCCUGACGCGGAUCCGCGACCGCAACUGUUAUGAGCUGCGGAGUAGGCGGCGCACGGACGCCGCCACGCCCCCAACGCGA